UCGCGCUGCCGGAUGCGCUCUCUGUGUUUCCGGCGUGGCCCCGUCUCCGGUCCCGCCCCUGGGAUGGAGGUGUUUAGUCGGCUUCGGCGGUUUGACGCCUACCCGAAAACUCUGGAGGAUUUCCGCGUGAAAACUUGUGGGGGUGCCCUGGUCACUGUGAUCAGCAGCCUGAUCAUGCUGCUGCUGUUUUUCUCUGAGCUUCAGUACUACCUGACAAAGGAGGUGCAUCCUGAACUCUACGUCGACACAUCACGAGGGGAAAAGCUGAGAAUCAACAUUGAUACUAUUUUCCCACACAUGCCCUGUGCCUAUCUCAGUAUCGAUGCAAUGGACGUGGCAGGGGAGCAGCAGCUCGAUGUGGAGCACAACCUGUUCAAAAAGAGGCUGGACAUGGUGGGCAAUAUCGUCACUUCUGAGGUGGAGAAACACGAGCUGGGCAAGCAGGACGAGGUGCUCAACACCUCCAAGCUGGACCCGGGCCGCUGCGAGAGCUGUUACGGGGCAGAGUCUGAAGACAUGAAGUGCUGUAACACAUGUGCUGAUGUGCGGGAGGCAUACAGACGGAAGGGCUGGGCAUUCAAGAAUGCAGACACAAUCGAACAAUGCAUGAGGGAAGGGUUCACACAGAAGUUACAGGAGCAGAAGAAUGAAGGCUGCCAGCUCUAUGGAUUUCUGGAGGUCAACAAGGUUGCUGGGAAUUUCCAUUUUGCUCCUGGGAAAAGCUUUCAGCAGUCACAUGUCCAUGUACAUGCUGUUGAGAUUCAUGACCUGCAAACAUUUGGACUGGACAAUAUAAACAUGACCCACUACAUCAAGCACCUCUCCUUCGGCAGUGAUUACCCAGGAAUAGUCAAUCCGCUCGAUGGAAGCAAUGUAACUGCAUACCAAGCAUCCAUGAUGUUCCAGUACUUUGUGAAGAUCGUUCCCACGAUUUAUGUCAAGUUGGACGGUGAGGUGGUAAGGACCAACCAGUUCUCAGUAACACGCCAUGAGAAGGUGGCCAACGGCUUGAUUGGUGACCAGGGGCUGCCGGGAGUCUUUGUGCUGUACGAGCUCUCCCCUAUGAUGGUGAAGUUCACAGAGAAACACAGAUCAUUCACCCACUUUCUGACUGGUGUCUGUGCCAUCAUCGGAGGGGUUUUCACAGUGUCCAGCCUGGUUGAUUCGUUGAUCUAUCACUCUGCCCGGGCCAUCCAGAGGAAGAUUGAGCUUGGGAAAGCCUCGUAGCUGGUGCUGAGGAGGGCUGUGCUGCAUGGACUGUGGCAAUAUCUCGUUGGAGUCCCUGAUAAGCUGGCUUUACUGAACGGACUUCAACCCACACUUUACACUGGCUGAUAUUCUGGUAUUGUUAAGCAACUGUAACUUAUAAAUUGUGGUGAGCAGGUUUACUUGUGUGUCUGAUCUCAAAAGAUGGAGGAUUAAUUCUGAUAAUCCCUCAUUCCCAUAUUUGUCCCUCCCCACUACACGCAUUACUGCCCCUGCCUGCCAUCUCCUUGUCACUGACAACGGUCACUCCCUGUUGUGCCCCUUCCCUGUCCUGCCCUGCCCCAAUGCACAUAGGAGCCUUCCGCUCUCCUCCCCAACACACCACCCCCCCACCCCCCCAAGCCUGGCCCCGCAGAAGGCCUGGUGCUCGAUAUCUGAUCAGUGUUGGUGAAGCAGAGCCGACCAAGAUCCCUGAAUCCAAAAACAGCCAGGAGUUCCCACCCAGCAGCAAGAUCUGCAAUUUAAAAUAUAUUUAUAUUUUAAAUUAAUAUUGUGACCUUGUCAGUUUUUAGUCUGUGCACAUGGAGCUCCCUUCACUGGGCACAGACUGUUAUGAAGGGAUUUCUUCACUGGUUUCUCAGGCUGGCGAAAUGUAACAGAGAAACUGUUGCCAUUCCCAUUUUGCAGUCACUCCUUGGGGAUUUUCCACCAACCACCUUGGAGAACUCAAAAGGGUUGAGAGAGCAGGGGUGGGCAGGAAUUAAACACAUAAGAAACAGGAGGAGAAUUUAAUAUACCAUAGCCAUCCACGGCAAUGAAUUCCAAAGAUUAACCAUCUUCUGGCUAAAGAAAUUCCUCUUCAUUUCUGUUCUAAAUGGACGCCCCUCUAUUCUGAGGCUGUGUCCUUUGGUCCUGUGUCCAGACUCCUCCACCAAAAGAAACAGCUACUCUACUUGGGCUUUUUAAUAUUCCAAAGGUUUCAAUGAGAUCCCCACCCCCCAUUCUUCUAAAUUCCAGCAAGUGCGGGCCCCAGCUGCUCUAAAGAGCCAUCUCAUAGGCAUUUUAUAAAUUCCUUCCAACCUUAUGUUACCUCUUUAAGGAUUUGGUUUCAUUUUUUACUAAUAGAGCCAUACCACUCCCUCUACCUACCUGUCUGUGAAGCAGUGGGGAGGGCAAAGGGAGACGGUGCUGUGGUAGCAGGGGGUCGGCUGGUGAAUGAAUAGAAAUAUUUUCUGUCUGUGAAAGAAGCAAAACAUUAAAGAUCAAGUGUGUUUUUCAUCUUGUGGUUUUUGAAUGAGCUGUUGGUGAGGUGAAGCAGUCACUGUGGUCCAAGCACCACAACCCGACAAGGCAGCUGUCGCAGGUUUGAUGUUCAUGUUGGGGACUGAACCACUGCCAUGCACGACACUUGCAGGAGCUGGGUGGGAGGGUGCAGGACUGUAGCUCUCCCAGUGGGACAUCAAGGGAGAUGACACUAACAUCGUGUGUGUCGUAAACCAGGGACUGGGGAAAGGCAAGUACUGGGGAGGAGAACAGGACCUAGAGACAGAGGGAUCAACUGGGAAAAUACAGACCUAUUGGUUUAAUGUCAGGUGGAAAGUUGUUUGGAUCCGUUGGUAACGAGUAGGGAACAAAGCCAUUGGGGAUAACAAAAGGAUUCAGAAAAUGGUGUAAAUCCAUGAACAACAAAUCAGAAUUAAGUUUAUUACCACUGACAGAGGAGUGGUGGAGGCUGAGGGGAGAUCUGAUAGAGGUUUAUAAGAUUAUGAGAGAGACAGAUACAGUAUUCAGGGAGUAUCUGUUUCCCAGGAUUGAAAUGUCUAAUUCCAGAGGGCGUGCAUUGAAGGUGAGAGGGGUAGGUUCUUUACUCAGGGAGUGGUGGCUGCCUGCAAUGUGCUGCCAGGUAUGUUGGUAGAGGCAAAUACAUUAGAGGCUUUUAAGAGUCGUUUAGAUAGGCAUAUGGAUGAGGAAGAGGGAGGAUAUGGAUAUUGUGCAGGUAGGAGGUGUUAGUUUUGAGGGGGGGGGCUUUAAUUUACUUAUUAGCUGGUUCAGCACAACUUGUGGGCCAAAGGUCCUGUUGCUGUGUUGUACUGUUCUGUAUUUAACGCAAACUUUCAAAUGACUUCAAGUUACAAAGUAAAUAAAUAGUGGAAAAUACAAAUAAUGAGGUAGUGUGAAUAUGUUCAUGGAUCGUUCAGAAAUUCUGAUGGUGGAGGGAAAGAAGCAAUUGCUAAAACAUUGAGUGUGGUUCUUUGGGCUCCUAUAUCUCUUCCCUGAUGGUAGUAGUCAGAAGAGGGCAUGUCCUGGAUGGUGAGAGUCCUUAAUAAGACCAAUAACAUUUAGGAGCAGAAACCCAUCAAUUCCAUCAUCCAAAUCAUUGACAUGUAAUGUAAAAAGAAGUGGUCUCAACACUGAUCCCUGUGGAACACCACUAGUCACUGGCAGCCAGUCAGGAAAGUAUCCCCUUUAUUCCCAUUCUAUGGGUCCUGGCAAUCAGCCAAGCUUCUAUCCAUGCUAGUAUAUUUCCUGUAAUACCAUGGGCUCUUGUUAACCAGCCUCAUGUGCGGCACCUUGUCAAAGGCCUGAAAAUCCAAGUAAAGAACAUCCACUGACUCUCCUUUGUCUAUCUUGCCUGUUACUUCCUCAAAUAAUUCCAAACGAUUUGUCAGGCAAGAUUUCCUCUUUUUAUCAUGUGUCACAAGUACCCCAAAACCUCAUCCUUAAUAAUGAUGAAGACCAUGUUCUCAGCCACUGAGGUCAGGCUAACUGGCCUAUAAUUUCCUUUUAUCUGACUCUCUGCCUUAAAGAAUGGAGUGACAUUUCCAAUUUUCAAGGCCUCAGGAACCAUGCCAGAUUCUAGUGAUUCUUGAAAGAUCAUUACUAAUGCCUCCACAGUCUCUUCAGCUACCUCUUUCCGAACCUGGCAUGUAGUCCAUCUAAUCUAGAUGAUUUAUCUACCCUAAGAUCUUUUGGCUUCCCAAACACCACCUCCCUGGUAAUAGCAACUGUGCACAUAUUGUCUCCCAUUACUGCCUCUCAUGUUACAGCAGUCCAAUAUCUGCUCUUGCCUCUCUUUUACACUUAAUCUAUCUGAAAAAGUUUUGGUAUCCUCUUUUAUAUUAUUGGCUAGCAUACCUUCAUAUUCCAUCUUUCUCCUCUUUAUGUUUUUUAGUUGCCUUCUGGUUUUUAAGAGUUCCCUAAUUCUCUAACUUCCCACUAUUUUUUGCCAUAGUAUAUAUCCCUCUAUUCCUAAUAUGCUGUCUUUGACUUGUCAGCUACAGGGUGUCAUCCUCUCUUUAGAAUACUUACUCAUUUUUGGGAUGUAUCUAUCCUGCACCUUCCAAAUUGUUCCCAGAAACUCCAGCCAUCCCUGUCCCUGGGAGAUGCCAGAGAGUAGUGGUGGAUAACUGUUUGUCAGAUUGGAGGCCGGUGACUAGUGGUGUGCCUCAGGGAUCUGUACUGGGUCCAAUGUUGUUUGUCAUAUACAUUAAUGAUCUGGAUGAUGGGGUGGUAAAUUGGAUAAGUCAGUCUGCAGAUGAGACUAAGAUAGGUGGAGUUGUGGAUAAUGAAGUAGGUUUUCAAAGCUUGCAGAGAGAUUUAGGCCAGUUAGAAGAGUGGGCUGAAAGAUGGCAGAUGGAGUUUAAUGCUGAUGUAUGUGAGGUGCUACAUUUUGGUAGGACUAAUCAAAAUAGGACAUAGGACAGGGUAAAUGGUAGGGCAUUGAAGAAUGCUGUAGAACAGAGGGAUCUAGGAAUAAUGGUGCAUAGUUCCCUGAAGGUGGAAUCUCAUGUGGAUAAGGUGGUGAAGAAAGCUUUUGGUAUGCUGGCCUUUAUAAAUCAUAGCAUUGAGUAUAGGACUUGGAAUGUAAUGUUGAAAUUGUACAAGGCAUUGGUAAGGCCAAAUUUGGAGUAUUGUGUACAGUUCUGGUCACCAAAUUAUAGGAAAGAUGUCAACAAAAUAGAGAAAGUACAGAGAAGAUUUACUAGAAUGUUACCUGGGUUUCAUCUCCUAAGUUACAGAGAAAGGUUGAACAAGUUGGUUCUUUGUUCUUUGGAAUGUAGAAGGUUGAGGGGGGAUUUGGUAGAGGUUUUUAAAAUUAUGAGGGGGAUAGAUAGAGUUGACAUGGAUAGGCUUUUUCCAUUGAGAGUGGGGAAGAUUCAAACAAGAGGACAUGAAUUGAGAGUUAAAGGGCAAAAUUUUAGGGGUAACAUGAGAGGGAACUUCUUUACUCAGAGAGUGGUAGCUGUGUGGAAUGAGCUUCCAGCAGAAGUGGUUGAGGCAGGUUCGAUGUCAUUUAAAGUUAAAUUGGAUAGAUAAAUGGACAGGAAAGGAAUGGAGGGUUAUGGGCUGAAUGCAGGUCAGUGGGACUAGGUGAGACUAAGAGUUUGGCACAGACUAGAAGGGCCGAGAUGACUUAUUUCCGUGCUGUAAUUGUUAUACGGUAAUACGGUUAUAAAUAAAUAAAUCAAAUAUAGUAUACAUAUAUUGAAUAGAUUAAAAAUUGUACAAAAAAACAAAUAAUAUAUAAUAAA